UUUGGAUGGCAGCUAGUUGCAGGAUUACUUGGAGUCGAAUCAGGUCAAGACGCUGUUCUAAGAGCAUUACUUUAUGAGCGAGGAAGAGAGAAGGUAGAACCCUAUGGGAUUACAGUAGCAGAGUUCACAAAUCGAAUAUCAAAGCUGAGGAACAAACUGGGACGCCAUGGAAUUAAAGAUGAAGGACCUAAUGUGAAACCGAAAGUAGGUGCUGAAGGGAGGAUAAGGGGAAAUGUACUUGCAGGGGACAAGUACUCGAUGGCCUUCGACAGAACGCCGAAAGAAAUAUUAAGAAUAGUGUAUGGAAGUGGAAAAGAGAAUAAACCCGGUGGAUUUUAUCCAAAAGGAGCGAAAGGGCAGAUAGCAAAAUCAUAUCUAAGGCAUGGGGACUAG